UUUUCAUCGCGGAUGGUUCCACCUGAAGCGAAUGGCUCUUCUGCCCGAGAAACAGGUGAACGGGUCUUGGAGUUUACCAGCAUUCGUGUGCGAUUUCUACAUUGCAAUGGACGUAACUUGUAGCACAUCUUCCAUCUUUAAUCUCGUAGCUAUAAGUAUAGACAGGUACAUUGCCGUCACCCAGCCGAUAAAAUACGCCAAGCACAAGAAUAAUCGGAGGGUUUGGCUAACGAUAGUACUCGUCUGGGCGAUCAGCUGCGCCAUAGGCAGCCCGAUCGUCAUGGGGCUUAACAAUACGCCCGAUCGAGUGCCUGAUCUCUGCCUAUUUUACAAUUCAGAUUUCAUCAUCUACUCAUCGCUGUCAUCUUUCUACAUACCUUGUAUCAUCAUGGUCUUCCUUUACUAUAAUAUUUUCAAGGCGUUGAGGACGCGGGCGAAAAAGGCACGUGCCGCGAGGCGACCCGAGGCCGAGCUGAAGCCCGGCAUAGUUAUAGAAAAUGUAGCUCAGACGAGGAGGUUGGCCGAGACUACUCUAGUCGCAUCUGCGCUGCUUCCAGGGUCGAGUGUAGACGAAGAACGACCAACAAACACAGGCAGUGGAAGUCAGCUGAAUUAUUGUUUUGAAGACUCGUCUGUUGGCUUUUCGAUAUGCCAGGAUUCAAACAUGCAAGCCAUAUACGCCAUGCUGGAUGAGGAAGAGGAAGGAGAGCGAUCCCCCGGCUUCGAGGAAUGCCAUGUCAUCUCCAAUGACAAAAGCACCGAAUUUAUUUUGGCCACUGUGGAAGAAGAGAGUGGAGGGGUCGUUCGGAACAACGCGAGGGGCGCUGACCCAAACGGAAACAACGACAGCGGUUACGCAGCUUCCGCAGGAGAUCCAUCACACCAAGAUCAACACCAUGCCGAAGAAAAAAAGUGCGGUGUCGUCGAAGAAGCCGGCCAGAGCGUGAAAAGGAACGGCUCUGCGGCAGGACGUGGCGGCCGAGGACGCGUGAGCGCCGUCCGGGCGUCAUCGGAAGACGAAGGGACGACCAGUGGGAGCAAAAAGGAAAGAAAAGCCUCGGCUGCCUCAAGAUUCACAAUUUAUAAAGUUAACAAAGCGUCGAGAAAAAAGAGGGAAAAAAGCUCAGCAAAGAAAGAACGGAAGGCUACAAAGACCCUAGCAAUUGUGCUCGGUGUGUUUUUGUUUUGCUGGGUGCCCUUUUUUACGUGCAACAUCCUGGACGCCCUUUGUUCCAAAUUGGGAGCGGAUUGCCAGCCCGGUGUGGCCGCUUUCAUCCUCACCACCUGGCUUGGUUAUAUGAACAGUUUUGUUAACCCGGUGAUUUAUACGAUUUUCAACCCUGAAUUCCGGAAAGCGUUCAAAAAACUCAUGUCGAUCGGAACGUGAACGACAAACAAUAAUGUAUAUAAGUUCUCUUUCCCCCACCCCCAUGUAUGUUGUUGCGAGUGGACUCACAGUGUAUAUAUACUAUUUACCAUCAUUUCAGACUGAGUAAUAUAUUUUUGUGAUAUUGUGUAUAAAGCUAUGAACAGAUUACGUACAUAGUUAAUAAUGUGCUUCUACGCUUAUCAUCUUAACAGUUUAAAUGUUGUACAUAAAUGUAUUAUAAAAACUAUAAAAAUUCUUUGAGAUAGUAAUGUUUAAUUAUAAGUGUAUUCUGAAAAAAGGGUCUGAGGUCCCAUUUUGAGCCGAUGGAACAACAGAUCCUUUAAUUUUGUUUUUAGGGCCGGUACGUACUUAGCCUAGAAAGUAUCUCAUAGAUUAAGACAUAAUAGUUGUUCGGGAUUAACGUGGUAACAACACUUAUCUCUCCGAUUUGACUUUGCUAAGAGUUGAGAUAAGCUGUUUUGUAUUUAAUAAAUAUUAAUUACCCCAGUCCUUCAUUAUUCCUCCCUCGACAAACCCCGUAGUCUUGUAGUUACCGUCCAAAAUUUUAAAAAUUAAUUGAUAAUUUCCUGGACCCCUUUUUGCAUCGGCUGUGAUGAUGUUAUCGAGAGCAAUCUUACAAAUCGAUCGCAUCUCACUACCAUCUUCCCUGUACAUAAAUUGUUAUAUAAGGUAGAGGUUAAGGGUGAAAAAUUAAUAGUGUUAUAUCAAAACAAAAUUGUUAGAUUAUUAUAGAACUGUUUGUUUUUCUAGAAUCUUUAUUUACGUUUUUUUACAAAUAUUUUAUAUCAAUUACUAAUAAAUACAGGGUUCUACACUGGUGAAAACAAGAAUAAAAAUACAUCCCAAUUAGAGUAACUUUCUUGUUGUAUAUAUUAUGUAUAUUGAAAUUAUUUAUUAAAAAAAUGAGAUUUAAUAAAAUAGAUCAUUAGAUUAAUGCCCAGUGUGGUUUUUUUAUUCCGUGGAAUGUGAAGACGAAACGGUCUUAGCAACGAAAUUAUACUAUUCUACUCAAAAUUAACAGUAAAUUGUUAUCGUAUCAACACAAAUGAAUGUUCACGUAAUAUUUUUAUAUAUUUUCCAAAAUCUUUUUGGACCAAAGCAUCUCGUCAAAUUCUGUCAUAAAUUGAAAUUUUUUUCUUUGUGCAAUAAAUGUAUGUUAAUGAGAUAGAUUGCGAUAAAUUGUUAGUUUAAAGAAAGGAAUAUCCUCAUUUUCUAUUAUUAAGAACACGCAUAAUAUAGCGAGGGUAAAGACAAUUGUAACUAAUAAUUUGGUGUACAAAAUAUUGUAGUUUGUAUAAAUAAAGUGAAACAUAUGUGACAAAAUGUGUUACCCUUAAGCAAAUAAAAAAGAAUAAACAUC